ACCAAUUACAACAUCAUGGGUCAUUGCUCAGCAGUCUUUCUCAACUGUAUGCUUCUUGUCUUGUUUUUAUCACACCGCAUUGUGGGAAUAGCACGUCCGGAUCGACUCAGCCGUGCUGCCUUGGCCAGGCAAGAGGCGGACAGAGUCCACAGCCUCCCCGGCCAGCCCAAGGUGGGGUUCAAGCAGUACGCAGGCUAUGUCACGGUGAACAAGAGCCACGGGAGGGCACUGUUCUAUUGGUUCUUCGAAGCCACUGACAAACCGGACGAGAAGCCGGUCCUCUUAUGGCUCAAUGGAGGUCCAGGAUGCUCGUCAAUUGGAUAUGGAGAAGCAGCCGAGCUUGGGCCGUUUUUCCCUCAAAAGCAUCAGCCCAAGCUCAAAUUGAACCCCUACUCAUGGAACAAAGCGGCCAAUUUGCUGUUCCUGGAAGCACCUGUUGGAGUUGGGUUUUCUUACACGAACACAAGCAGAGACUUAAGUGAACUUGGGGACACAGUCACUGCCAAGGACUCGUACAGAUUUCUCGUCAAUUGGUUCCAUCGGUUUCCACAGUUCAAGUCCCACGAGUUCUACAUUUCUGGAGAGAGCUAUGCCGGACAUUAUGUUCCGCAGCUCUCAGAAGUGAUUUUCGACAAGAACAAGGUGGCUCGAAGAAAGAAUUACAUCAACCUCAAAGGAUUCAUCAUAGGGAAUGCGGCGAUAGACGAAGAGGCAGAUAAUAGAGGCAUGAUCGAUUAUGCGUGGGACCAUGCAGUGAUUUCUGAUAGCCUUUACGAUGAACUCAAGGGCUGCAACUUUACCAGCCAAAAUAUAUCUUCAGAAUGCAUUUCCUCAAUGAACAAGUUCUACAGUAGCUACGAAGUCAUCGACAUAUAUAGCUUGUACACCCCAACAUGUGUUACAGUUGGACGCCGCUUGGGCCAGUUCCGACCUCUCAAUAUUGGACGUGUUCCGAAUCAAAACUUGGUUUCCAAAUCCAUGAGUCCGAUUAAGAUGGGCCAGCACGAAAAACUGGCAGGCUAUGACCCUUGCUCAAGUGACUACUGUGAGCUCUACUUCAACCGUCCUGAUGUUCAGGUUGCUCUGCACGCCAACACCACACGAAUUCCGUACCCAUGGACUCAUUGCAGCGAAGUGAUUAUGUGGCAAGAAGCACCGCAAUCAGUUCUUCCUGUUAUUGAGAAGCUACGAGCUGCAGGACUUCGAAUUUGGAUCUAUAGUGGGGACACCGACGGAAGAGUACCGGUGACCAGCACAAGAUACUCACUGAAGAAGCUCGGAUUGAAAACUAUUGAAGAAUGGACUCCUUGGUAUAACCACCAGCAGGUUGGGGGAUGGGCCGAGAUCUAUGAGGGCUUGACGUUCGUGACAAUUAGAAAUGCGGGACACCAAGUGCCGACAUUCUCACCCAAGAGUUCUCUCCAGCUGAUCAGGCAUUACUUGGCUAACAAGAAACUGCCUGCUUCUCCAUUUUAGACUGUAUUGAUCAAAUUAAUCGAGUGGGAUCUCAGUACAUCAUCCCAACAAUUCUAGGCCGACGUUGGCAUAUUUUCAGUUCAGUUUCUCAGAAUUUGGUGGUAGCGUUCGUAAAGCCUGCGCGCUUAAUAUUUUUGACAAGAAUGUUCUGGUUUUUCUUUUUUGGGCCUCCUGCAUUUAGAUUAUCUGCUGUCUUUCUCCA